GCCUCCGAGAAGGGAGGGAAACUGCCCAGAAGUUUUCAACUGGGAAGUUUUGCUUUGCAGCUAGAUGGUUGGAGACAGCAUUUCAAAGCCUUGGGAAAUGCAAAGAAGGCAUUACUGUUGGGCUCUGACCCCUCACAUCUGAGCGAGGAUGACUUCCCUGGCGACUUGCAGUCCCUUUCGUGGCUGACCUCCGUGGACGUCCCUCGGCUGCAGCAGAUGACCAGCGAAAGGAUGGAUUUUGGCAUCGCUUCCCAGAAUGUGGCCCUGCAGCAGACAGGUGCCAUGCACACCUCGGGGCCCCCAAGAGCGACGCCUCACAUACAAGCCAGCGUGUCUCCAAAUAUUCUGGGACUUAACACCAUCUCGCCCCACGAAAGCGACAUCAGUCAGUACGUGGUGGGGGGGCAGCCGUCCCCCAGCCUUCAGCCGCAGCCGUCCCCGCUCUUCCCCCCUCCCUCCUGCCACACCCAGCAGAUCUUCACCAUCAUGCACAGCACGCAGCAGUGCAAUCCGGUGACCAUCUACAGCAGCUCUUACGGCGCCCACCCCCACUUCUCUCAGCCCCGCCUGGCUCCUCACGCGGCCCAAGAGCUGCACACCAAGCACUACCCCAAGCCCAUCUAUUCCUACAGCUGCCUGAUCGCCAUGGCCCUGAAGAACAGCAAGACCGGCAGCCUCCCCGUGAGCGAGAUCUACGGCUUCAUGAAGGAACACUUCCCCUAUUUUAAGACGGCCCCCGACGGCUGGAAGAACUCCGUGCGGCACAACCUGUCCCUGAACAAGUGCUUCGAGAAAGUGGAGAACAAGGCGAGCAGCUCCUCGCGCAAGGGCUGCCUCUGGGCCCUCAACCCUGCCAAGAUAGACAAGAUGGAGGAGGAGAUGCAGAAGUGGAAGCGGAAGGACCUGGCUGCCAUUCACAGGAGCAUGGCAAACCCAGAGGAACUGGACAAGCUGAUCACCGACCGCCCUGCCGGCUGCAGGAGGCCUGGCAAGCUGGCGGAGGCCGAAGCGUCCAUGGGCAGCCAUGGGGGCCACCUGCUGCAGGUGCAGCCCCAGGCGAUGGCGACACUCUCCUUGCAGUCCGUCCGGCUUCACCGGCAGAUCCAGCCCCAGGCGUGCUUGGCCCCAGACUCGCCGGCCCCUGCACAGACGCCCCCCCUUCACGCUCUGCCCAGCGUCCACCACAGCCCUCUCCCUCAGCACCUGGUGAGCCGGGGCUCCGAUUUUCUCAACGUGAUGACGGACCUGAACACGGAGGUGGAUGCCCUCGAUCCCAGCAUUAUGGACUUUGCGCUCCAAGGGAACCUUUGGGAGGAGAAGGAGGACGACAGCUUCAACCUGGAUGCCUUGGGGGCCUUCAGCAACUCUCCCCUGGCGCUCUCCGACUGCGACCUGGCGCCUGCCAGCCUGCCCCCUGCCCCCUGUGCCAGCGACCACUCCUUUGCAGACUUACAGGUGACGGGUCUGUACACAACCUAUGCCACGCUGGAUGCCGUCUCCCCCACACAGUACCGGAGCCCUCAAGGGAACAAACCCAUCGCUCUGCUCUGAAAGCCCCACGACGCUUGGACUGGGCCACCUUGUCCUGCUCGCACUCCCCCCUCCUCUUCCUCCACCCCCCCCGACAAAUGAGUGCCAGGCCUUGUGGGGGCCACGCUGAGUGUGCGCAGACCAGUCCUCCUCCAUUUUCAGCCCAUCAACCAAUGUUGUACCUUAUGGUCUCGAGAACGCUAAUCGAAAGCAGACCGCAGGCAUAGGACGAAGCCCGCCUUUUAUUAAGGAAUCUGGUGGGAGUGAGCAGCUUUGACACAGACCUGAUUUUGUUACCCGACUGGUAGGAAGCAUGCAGCUUGCUUCUCCAUCAAAACCUAGAUAAAAUUUUAAUUUAUUGUAGGGGUUUUGGAGAUAGGGGGAGAGAAGGCAGCAAGGGGGAAAAAAGGAGCUAUUCUCAGAACAGCUAAAUCAAAAGGGAAUACAAAAUUUAAAUUAACUUGAUCCAAAGGAGGAAAUACACACUCUCCUCCCCAUGUGCUCAUAAUUGCCCUUUAUUUAGGUGCCUGAUGGCCUCUGAGCUACUGUAUUUUUCGGAGUAUAAGACACUCCGGACUAUAAAACCUUUUUUGGUGAGGAAAACAAGAAAAAGCAAGCUGCCUCCUAGCAAUUUUGCCUCGUUGCAGCAAACAGCAAAUAGCCUGCUUUACUUUCAUUUUCGUUUUCAGCAUAGCUUGAGUAGCACAAGAAAAAAAAAAUCUGCUCCCAGCAAUUUACCUCCUUGCAGGGAGCAGCAGAGGCCCUCGCAGCAAUAGGCAAUGUCAAUCCCUGCAGCCUGAAACAGCUGAGAGUCAGAAGGCCGAUCCAAGGAACAAUCAAUUUGUGCUAAUUAGGCUGUGCUGAAGCUGAAAUUCUGCUUCCUGCUUGCUGCAAGGAGGUAAAUUGCUGGGAGGCAGAGGCCAAAGGGUGGGGGCCAGUGAGUGGGCGGGGCUCCCCAUUCGGUGUAUAAAACGCACCCAAAUUUUCAUCCCCUUUUAGGGGGGAAAAAGGUGCAUCUUAUACGCCGAAAAAUACGGUAAUCAAAGCACCCAUUGCUCAAUGUCCCUAUCAGAAGAUGGUUUCUUGCGCUUUAGAUCAGCCGGCCCCUUCCUUUUACUGCUUUCACAGGGACACUUGGGGUGUGUGUGUGAGGGGGGCUUGGUCUUGGCUAUGCCCCUGACUUUGUGUCUUUGUUAAGCUCUUACUUGUUCUCUCUUCCUACUGGUAAGUACUGUGAAAUAGUUCCGAGCCCCUUUAAGCUCCAGUUGCUGAUCGCUGCUGCUCUUCCUCCAGAGGUACUUCGGGAUCUUUUCUUCAGAUUCACACCUGAAUUGUCUACCUCCCAAAAUCAUCUUUCCAGGCCUCGGACGUUCUGCGCGAGAGAUAAAUUUUAGUCCCAGACAUACUGACUCAGUCCGUCUUCCCUCGCAGGAGCUGAAUCCUGCAAACCAUUAACCCGGUUUGGUGCUUUGACAGCAAAGAUUUCAGACUGUGAGAAGGGGAUGUUUUUAAUAGCUAGAGCAGAAAAGGGCCUGGGCUCCAGGACAAAUAAUGUACUAAAUGAGAUUUUUAAAAAAAACCUUGAAUAGAUUAUUAGGAUUGAGUUUACCACAGAUUUUUGAGGAAAAAAAAUUACUAGAGUUUAGGAUUAGGAGGUCUGUUGAUUCUCGGGCUAAGCAGUAUUACUGUUUGUAAAUUUUAUUUAUAAUUUAUUUUUAUGAAAACAAAAAGGGGAUUUUUAUGCUCAGCACUGACUUUUGAAAAACACUGUAAUAUUUUUUUACUUAAUUAUUCAAACUGCAGCAAACUGUUUUAAAAAUCACCAAGAUACUUUGGACGUUUUUAAACUACACUUUCAAGAGAAGCACUUUGGAUGUACUUACUGCAGACGUAACAUUUUCUCUGAAAGAUCAAACCUCGUUUCAGCCAGAAAACUUUUCUACAACGGACAUAAAAAGGUUAUUUUAUUUUUGUUUGCAGCUCAGCCCUGAAUGUUUACUUAGAAAUAUAUCAUGCAGCAA